CUUAUAUUUAAAUUAUUUAUUUUGUAUAUUUGACAAAUAUUUAUCGCACGAAUUAUUCGUUUCAAAGUUGUAACUUGUCUUAUUUGUAACAAGAGAAAAGUGCGCUGCUUUCACUUUUAUAAAGAGUUAAUAUCAAAAACAGACGAACAUAAUGAGGGUGCAUCAAGGUAUAUGUGCAAAACUUCAAGGAGGUUUUCUCAGACGUUGGUGGGCUGCUGUAGCAAUAGGUGCUCUUAUGAUAAUUAUUGCUGGCAUAUUAGCUGCACUGUUUCCUCGGCUCAUUAAUAUUAUCAUAGACAAGGAAAUUGCAUUGCAGGAGGGUAGUCGUACUUUUGAUUGGUGGAAAGAACCCCCCGUUACACCACAAAUGCGUGUUUAUAUUUACAACGUUACUAAUGCAGAUGAGUUUCUUAAUAAUGGUGUAAAACCCACAUUACAAGAGCUUGGUCCAUACAUUUAUCUUGAGACCUGGGAGAAAGUAAACAUAAAAUUUAAUUUAAAUGACACUGUUACUUAUAAUGUCAAAAAAAGAUUCGUUUUUUCAGAGGAGUUAUCACAUGGUUCAGAAGAGGAUUUAGUAGUAGUUCCGAAUGUACCGAUGCUUUCAGCAACUAGUCAAUCGAAACAUGCUGCUCGCUUUCUUAGAUUAGCAAUGGCAUCGAUCAUGGAUAUUCUAAAGAUCAAACCAUUUGUAGAAGUCUCAGUGGGUCAAUUACUAUGGGGCUAUGAAGAUCCUCUUCUUAAGCUUGCCAAAGAUGUUGUACCUACAGAUCAGAAGUUACCAUAUGAACAGUUCGGAUUACUUUAUGGAAAAAACGGUACAGGAAAAGAUAAUUUUACUAUAUUUACUGGAAUUAUGGAUAUCACAAAAUAUGGAUUAAUGGAUAAAUGGAAUGGGAAAUCAAUCUUGGGUCAUUGGACUACACCUGAUUGUGAUAGUGUAAUGGGUAGUGAUGGCAGCAUCUUUCCACCUCAUAUUACCAAACAUACUAUAUUGAAAAUUUUUGAUAAAGAUCUUUGCAGAACUCUUCCACUUAUUUAUCAGCAAGACGUAAUGACAGCCGGUGGUGUUCCUGGAUUCAGAUUCGUGCCACCAGCUGGUGUAUUUUCAUCACCAGAUCAAAUUCCUUCUCAACGAUGUUUUUGUCCUUCUGGACCACCAUGCGCUCCUGAAGGCACUUUUAAUGCUUCAUUAUGUCAGUAUGACUCUCCUAUUCUUCUUAGUUUUCCACAUUUUUAUUUGGCUGAUCCUGCAUUAAGAGAAGCAGUCAUAGGAAUUUCUGCACCUGAAGCAAAAAAACAUCAACUCUAUAUUGAUGUACAACCUACAAUGGGUACUGCACUAAGUGCCAGAGCAAGAAUUCAGAUUAACCUUGCUGUUAGUCAAGUUCGAGAUAUAAAGCAAGUUGCAUCUUUCCCUGAUAUUAUUUUUCCCAUCAUGUGGUUUGAAGACGGAAUAGAUCAACUGCCGGAGGAAGUAACAUCCUUACUAAGAAUGGCUGUUGAACUACCUCCUGUAGCUCGGGCAGCUAUGUCGGGUGCUCUAGCAGCUAUCGGCAUCGUAGUUUUAGUUGGAGCACUUAUCUGCUUAUCUCGAGCCGCCAACCGACAAGAAAAGCUUCAUUUGAGUGCCCCCCUACCAGGAAAUGCCAAAAAUGACAACAGCAUAUCGCCGUCCUUUCAAAAUCACUCUGUCAAGAAAAUACAAGGGUUAAAUAGAUGCCAUUAAUACGUUUAUUAUCCUAUAAGUAAAAUCAAAACCAUCACUCUUCUUGAUUCUCGAUUACGACGAGUUUGACCGUCAAUUUAUUCUUUUUGACCUAUA